AUGGUCUGCUCGGCUGCCCCUGUGCUACUCUUGGCCAUGACUCUCCCUCUGAUGGGAUCACCACUUGCCCGAGAGUCCCAGCCUGGACAGGGUCAGGCUGGAGGGGAAUCAGGACAGCAAUUGGACCAAGAACGUGGAGCAGGUGAAUCGGUCCUGGUCUCCGUCUAUGUACAGCUAUACUUUUCAAGUGAGCGCCGGCCGGUGGCACUCUCUGGGCCCCUGACUCUCCCCACCGCCUCGGCUUCCUCUGCCCCAGUAACUCUCACUGGCCUCAGCCUCACAGCCGAGUGCGAUGCCACCCACAAGGGGUGUAGCUACUGUGCUUGCCUCUCCGGGUACCAGUGGAACGCCAGCAUCUGCUCCCAUCACCGGCCCUGCCAAACCCCCGUCAAGCGCCGGCCUUGUGGCUGCCUUGUCUUCAGCCCUGCUGAAGCCGGGUACUGCCAGCUGCUGCCACCUGUCCCCGCGGCCCUGAGCCUCGACUCCUGGCUGCAGACGCCUGGCGACACCCUGCACCUGACCCUCCUCACAAGCCAGGAGACCACCAAGCUGAACUGGUUCCUGUGGCCCACAGGGAGCCCCAGCCCCAUCCUCCUGCGGGCAGGGUCACGUGAGUCCUUGACCUCCAGCUGGAACCGGGCUGUCCUCAGCAUUGUCAACAUCUCCCGUAAAUGGGCAGGUGAGUACGUAUGCUGCUUUGAGGCCCGGGGAUUCAGGUGGGAGCUGCACCAGAUGGUGAGGGUGCCCCUGCAGGUGACAGAUGUGGCUGGGCUCCCAGACCAGCUCUCCAUCUCCUGUGCCACCUCCCCUGGCUUCCAGCUGAGCUGCUGCAUCCCCAGUGCCCACCUGGGCUACACGGCUUCCUGGAGCCCCAGAGACGGCAACGAAGCCUCCUUAUUCAACACGCCGGACUCCCAGUGCUUCGUGCUGGCUGUUCAGCGCUGCCCUGCAGCCGACACUACGUACACUUGUGGCCUGCAGGGCCCGGGACUGAGCCCUCUCGGGGUUGCCGUCUCUGUCACCGUCAUCCAGGUACUUGGGGCUUGGGGUGGAGACACCACCCGCCCUGAGGACUCUUCAACUAUUGCCUGGAACGUCACCAAGACUGGCCAUGUGGCACAGGCCCUGUGUCCCGGGAAGAGGAGGGGCAUGGUGAAGAGGCCUUGUAGGCCUGAGGGGGUCUGGGGGCCCAUCCAUAGCAGCUGCACGGACACGGGGCUCCUGGCCUUGCUUCUUAGAGCCCGGCUGCUGAGGGCAGGCCAGGGCUGGCCUGUGGACGAGGUACCACAGAUCUUGGCUCAGCUGCCGGAGCAGGCAGUGGUGGUGAUCUCACCCACCAACUUAUUGGCACUGGUGGCCACCAUGACAAUCCUGGCCAAGGUGGUGGCACAUGCCAGAAUACAGCUCAACGGCAGUGCCCUGGAGAAAGCCUUCCCCAGAGGAGAUGGGCACAGCUAG